AUGGAUUUCGAAAAUGCGGUGACGGUAGCAUUUCCAUUGCUCGAACUGCCCGAGGAGCUUCAGAUUGAAGUGCUGCGGAAGUUAACCCCGCAAGAUGUCAAUAGGUUCCGUUGCACUUCGUCCCAGAUGUACGCGAUGGUCGAAGGAAAUCGAAUGUCACUGGCAAGAAGAAAAAUCAGAUCCGUCUCUAUCGCUCCUAACUGGAGCGAAUUGGUUCCCAGACGCGAAAACAUACCCGCAGCAGAACGUCUGAACUACGACGAGUUUGAAUUUGCUCGUCUGUUCCGUGCCUGUGAUAUCGAUAUGCUGCACAUUGUUAAUAAGAGGGAAGUGGGUUGUCUGCAAGCUCCGUUAUAA